AUGGGGCAGCUUGGCCAAGGGACUGAGAAAGUUCAAGUUCCUCUUUUUGCCUUGACCAUAACCCUUCCAGUCCGACUCACAGGGACCAAGUAUGGCUGUGGAGGAGGGUCCUGUGGUGCCUGCACAGUGAUGAUCUCAAGAUAUGACCCCAUCUCUAAGAAGAUACGUCACUUCUCUGCCACCGCCUGCCUGGUGCCCAUCUGCUCUCUCUAUGGGGCCGCUGUCACCACCGUAGAAGGCAUAGGAAGCACCAAAACCAGGAUUCACCCUGUUCAGGAAAGGAUUGCUAAAGGCCACGGUACCCAGUGUGGGUUCUGCACCCCAGGAAUGGUGAUGAGCAUCUAUACUCUCCUGAGGAACCACCCGGAGCCCUCUACAGAACAGUUAAUGGAAACCUUGGGUGGUAAUCUAUGCCGCUGUACUGGAUACAGACCCAUUGUGGAGAGCGGGAGAAGUUUUAGUCCUAGUUCCUCUUGCUGCCAAAUGAAUGGGGGAAAGAAAUGUUGCUUGGAUCAAGAAGAAAGCAAGGCUGAGAGCAAAGCUAAUGUUUGCACCAAGCUGUAUGACAAGGAAGAAUUCCAGCCCUUGGACCCAACACAGGAGCUUAUAUUUCCACCUGAACUAAUGAGAAUGGCAGAAGAUCCCCAAAAGAAAGUUCUGACUUUCCACGGGGAGAAGACUACCUGGAUUUCCCCAGGAACCCUGGCAGGCCUCCUGGAGCUGAAGAUGGAGCACCCCGAUGCACCUCUGGUGAUGGGGAACACUUCUCUAGGGCCUGAUAUGAAGUUCAAAGGAGUUUCCCCUCCCAUUAUUAUCUCUCCUGCAAGGAUUUUGGAAUUAUUUAUUGUGACUAACACAGAAGAAGGGCUGACCCUGGGUGCUGGCCUCAGGCUGGCCCAGGUGAGGGACGUCCUGGCUGAUGCGGUCUCUGAGCUCCCGGAGGAGAAGACGCAGACGUAUCGCGCUCUCUUGAAGCACAUGAGGACCCUGGCGGGACAGCAGAUCAGGAACAUGGCAUCCUUAGGUGGUCAUAUAAUUAGCAGGCUGUCGACUUCUGAUCUCAACCCCAUUUUGGGAGUAGGCAAUUGCAUCCUCAAUGUUGCUUCAAAAGAAGGAAUGCAGCAAAUUCCUUUGAAUGAUCAUUUUCUUGCUGGAGCAACAAAUGCAAGCCUUAAGCCAGAACAAGUCCUAGUUUCUGUGUUCAUUCCUAUCUCUAGAAAGUGGGAGUUUGUGUCAGCUUUCAGACAGGCCCCCCGCCAGCAAAAUGCCCUUGCAAUCGUGAAUGCUGGGAUGAGAGUCCUUCUCAAAGAUGGCACACACACCAUUGCGGACUUGAACAUCUUAUACGGAGGAGUGGGUCCUACUACUGUCAGUGCCAGGGAAUCCUGCCGGCGGCUCCUUGGAAGAUGCUGGGAUGAAGACAUGUUGAAUGAAGCUUGCAGGCUGGUCCUAGAUGAGAUCCCACUUCCGGCGUCUGCCCCUGGAGGGAGGGUGGACUACCGCCGAGCUCUCCUGAUCAGCUUCCUCUUCAAAUUCUACAUCGACGUGUGGCGGCAGUUACAGAUGAGGGAACCAAGUGGCUACCCUGACAUUCCCAAGAAACUCUUAAGUGCCCUGGAAGACUUUCCAUUGACCAUUCCUUGGGGGAUACAGUCAUUCGAGCGUAUGGAUCCCCAACAGCCCUCCCAAGACCCAGUGGGACGCCCCAUCAUGCAUCAGUCAGGCAUUAAACACGCCACGGGGGAGGCUGUAUUCUGUGAUGACAUGCCUGCCUUGGCAGACGAACUCUUCCUGGCUGUGGUGACCAGCACCAGGCCGCAUGCCAAAAUCAUUUCCAUGGAUGCCUCUGAGGCCCUGGCACUGCCUGGUGUCAUCGAUGUGAUAACGGCGCAGGAUGUUCCUGGUGAAAAUGGCAGUGAGGAAGAAAGAUUGUAUGCACAGGAUGAGGUGAUUUGUGUGGGUCAAAUUGUCUGUGCUGUGGCUGCUGACUCGUACGCCCAUGCCAAGCAAGCCACGAGAAAGGUGAAGAUUGUGUACAAAGAUGUGGAACCUGUGAUUGUGAGCAUUCAGGAUGCAAUAAAACACAAAUCAUUCAUUGGUCCUGAAAAGAAACUAGAACAAGGAGAUGUUGAGAAGGCAUUUCAAGCUGUUGAUCAAAUCAUUGAAGGGGAAGUACACUUUGGAGGACAGGAGCAUUUCUACCUGGAGACGCAAAGUGUGCGCGUGGUGCCAAAGGCGGAGGAUGCAGAGAUAGACAUCUAUGUGUCAAGCCAGGAUGCAGCCUUUACACAGGAAAUGGUGGCUUGUGCCUUGGGCAUUCCAAAGAACAGGAUCAACUGCCACGUGAGAAGGGUCGGCGGGGCUUUCGGAGGGAAAUCGAGCAAGCCUGGGCUCCUGGCAGCAGUGGCAGCUGUGGCGGCAAACAAGACUGGCUGCCCAGUGCGUUUUGUUCUCGAGCGUGGGGACGACAUGUUGAUCACUGGAGGACGCCACCCGUUACUGGGGAAAUACAAGAUUGGCUUCAUGAACAACGGGAAAAUCGAGGCAGCAGACAUUGAAUAUCAUAUCAACGGAGGCUGCACACCAGAUGACUCUGAACUGGUAAUAGAAUAUGCUUUGCUCAAACUGGAAAAUGCUUAUAAGAUCCCCAACCUGCGUGUCCGAGGCCGAGCCUGCAAGACCAACUUGCCGUCCAAUACGGCCUUCCGGGGGUUCGGGUUUCCCCAGGGAGCCUUUGUGACAGAGACCUGGAUGUCAGCUGUGGCAGCCAAAUGCCAUCUGCCGCCAGAAAAGGUUAGAGAGUUGAACAUGUACAGGACAGUUGAUAGGACAAUCCACAAGCAAGAAUUCAAUCCAGAGAAUCUGAUAAGAUGCUGGGAGAAAUGUAUGGAAAAUUCUUCAUACUGCAGCAGGAGAAAAGCUAUAGAGGAAUUUAACGAGCAGAACUAUUGGAAGAAGCGAGGAAUAGCCAUUAUCCCCAUGAAAUUCUCCGUUGGAUUUCCAAAGACUUUUUAUUAUCAGGCUGCUGCUCUGGUCCACAUCUACACAGAUGGAUCUGUGUUGGUUGCUCAUGGUGGAGUUGAAUUGGGUCAAGGUAUUAACACCAAAAUGAUACAGGUGGCCAGCCGUGAGUUAAAGGUACCAAUGUCCUACAUACACAUCGGCGAGAUGAAUACUGUGACAGUGCCCAACACAAUUGCCACCGCAGCCUCCACUGGUGCAGACGUCAAUGGAAAAGCUGUACAGAGUGCCUGCCAGACUCUCCGGAAACGCCUGCAGCCCAUCAUCAGCCAGACUCCUAAUGGCACCUGGGAGCAGUGGGUUAAUGAAGCUUUUGCUCAAAGCAUUAGUCUCUCCGCCACCGGAUAUUUUAGGUAAGAAGUCUUAAAAUGCUGUCCUGUAGUCAUCCUCUUUGACAAUAGAAAAGGAGUUUAUGGAAAGGCAGGCUCAAGUGUUUAUAUUCUAAAUAGUAAGUCUAUUAUU